CAUUUCUUCUCUCACCUCUUUCCUCUCUCCUCAAUCCCUCCCUCCCUCCCUCCCUCUAAUCAUUUCUCUCCCUCUCUCUCUACCCCUUGGUUCUAGGGUUCUCUGAUCAUCCCUGUGAACCAAUUCCUUUCCACGGAACUUUAGCAUUCCCUUUCCAAGGAAGAAUUCAACGCUCGAUCUUCAAUUUCAUGGGCGUUGUCUCGGAUUCUUGACCCACUUUCUGGAACGUCUUUCUGUUACAAAUGGAGGUUCCUGGGAUGGAUGAGGUCAAGAAGACCGAGGGUCAUUUAACAUCAGCUGCAGCUUUUGUGGAAGGGGGAAUUCAAGAUGCAUGUGAUGAUGCUUGUAGCAUAUGCCUUGAGGCCUUCUGUGAGAGUGAUCCUUCAACGGUGACUAAUUGCAAGCAUGAGUUUCAUCUUCAAUGCGUUCUUGAAUGGUGCCAGAGAAGUUCUCAUUGUCCAAUGUGUUGGCAACCCAUUAGCCUGAAGGAUCCCACCAGUCAAGAAUUGCUUGAAGCCGUUGAAAGGGAGAGGAGCUUAAGGUUCAAUCCAUCAAGAAAUGCCACAAUAUUUCAUCAUCCCACCCUUGGGGAUUUUGAAUUACAGCAUUUACCAAUGGGUGUCAAUGAUGCUGAACUUGAAGAACGUAUUAUCCAGCACUUGGCUGCUGCUGCUGCAAUGGGAAGGACCCACCACAUUGCUCGGAGGGAGGGCUCAAGGAGCCGUUCAUCUGCUCAUGGUCGUCCACAGUUCUUGGUGUUUUCACCUCAACCAAAUGCACCUCCUGCUGCCCAUGUUUCUGCUUCUUUGGCUCCGGUGGGAGGUGGAUCUGAACCACCUGCAAUCACGGUAGAUAGUCCAUCUGUUCCGCUUACAGAUGGUGUGGAUGAACCACAGUUCACUGCCGCUCAAACUGAUCAAAUUUCUGCCUCGUCAUCUGGAUCAGUCGUCACACCAACAAAUCGACAAAGGAUCUCUGUUAAUAAUCGCUCUGCUAGUCAAUCUUUCACACCAAAUCAAGAUAGAGCGGGACCAUCAGAUUUGCAGUCAUUUUCAGAUUCUCUGAAAUCUCGAUUUAGCUCGAUGUCAAUGAGAUACAAAGAGUCGAUUUCAAAGAGUACUAAAGGGUGGAAGGAGAGACUGUUCUCUCGAAGCACCUCAAUGGCAGAUAUUGGUUCUGAUGUUAGGAGAGAAGUGAAUGCUGGAAUUGCUAGUGUAUCUCGCAUGAUGGAACGCCUUGAGACUAGAGAAAAUAGUAGAGCUGGCCGUGCUUCUGUGUCACAUGAUGUGGGUGAUUAUCCAGUUACAGAGCAGAGCAACCAAAAUAAUGCAGGGACUCGUCAUGGAACCCCACUGAAUGACAACAAUACUGCAGCUUUGGCUGCAAGUUCAGUUUCAAAUUAACUUAUAGGACUUAUUUAAAAGCAGUUGUAUCUGUCCUCUGCAUUUCAUCUCUGAAGGUUGUAAACCCCUUGUCUCCAGAUAUGACAUGCUGAGGGCAAGUUGCUUUGCAUUUAAGGCCAAGGGGAUGAAAAGAGUCGUGAUGCUUGUGGUCUGAUCUGAAUAAAAGAGAGGAAAUCAAGAGAGAGAGAGAGAGAGAGAGAGAGAGCCCUACUAUAGACAGAACCUAUAUAUAAAUUUACUGGCAUCUGCCUGUAUAUUUGUUUAUAUGUAAACUUGGAUUCAGUAUCGAAUAUCGGGUAGUUUUUGGCACUGACUUUUGUUUAAUAUUCUAAAAAUAUGAAGAGAAAAUGAUGAACUCAAUGUUAUGUUGAAUGUUAGAUUUUCAGUGGUGUGACCUUCUAUCCUUGAAA